AGCCGCGAGGAGGAAGCGCGUGCGCUCUGCGCACCUUGGAAACCAAGUCAGAUAGCUUGGGGCUGAAACGCCGGUGUCUCCCGGUGGUUGGAGUUGUGGCAAGCCAGUAGGCGUGCAAGAGGUCCCGGCGGCGACAAGACAAGUUCAGCAGCGGCUGGGGCAGUGAACGCGCGGCGGGCGGGAUGGGCCGCCGCCAGGCUCUGGAGCUGUACCGGGCCCCAUUCCCUCUGUACGCGCUUCGGCUGGACCCCAGCGCGGGGCUGCUUAUCGUAGCGGGUGGAGGAGGCGCCGCCAAGACCGGCAUAAAAAAUGGAGUGCAUUUUCUGCAGCUAGAGCAGAUUGACGGGUGCCUGAGCGCCUCCUUGCUGCACUCCCAUGACACAGAAACACGGGCCACCAUGAACCUGGCACUGGCUGGUGAUAUCCUUGCUGCAGGGCAGGAUGCUCACUGUCGGCUCUUCCGCUUCAGGGUCCAUGCGCAGAAGGGCAACAAGGCAGAGAAGGCAGGUUCCAAGGAGCAGGGGCCUCGACCAAGAAAGGGGGCAGCCCCAGCAAAGAAAGGGGGAACUGAAACCCAGCACGAGGGGGUAGAGCUCAAAGUAGAAAAUCUGCAGGCGAUACAGACAGAUUUCGGCCUGCAGAAAGACAUACUGCAGAAAGUUGUAUGCUUCAACCCUGAUAAUACUCUGAUUGCCACUGGAGGGACAGAUGGCCAUAUUCGUGUCUGGAAGGUACCCACCCUAGAGAAAGUUCUGGAGUUCAAAGCCCAUGAAGAUGAGAUUGAAGACCUGGCUUUGGGGCCUGAUGGCAAGUUGGUAACUACGGGCCGGGACUGUAAGGCUUUUGUGUGGCAGAAGGAUCAGCUAGUAACACAGUUGCACUGGCAAGAGAACGGACCCACCCUUUCUAACACACCUUACCGCUACCGGGCCUGCAGGUUUGGGCAGGUUCCAGACCAGCCCACUGGGCUGCGACUCUUCACAGUGCAGAUCCCCCACAAGCACCUGCAGCAGCACCCACCCUGCUACCUCACAGCCUGGGAUGGUUCCACUUUCUUGCCCCUUCGGACUAAGUCCUGUGGCCAUGAAGUCAUCUCCUGCCUCAAUGUCAGUGAAUCGGGCACCUUCCUAGGCCUGGGCACGAUCACUGGCUCUGUUGCCAUCUACAUAGCUUUCUCUCUCCAGCGCCUAUAUUAUGUGAGGGAGUCUCACAGCUUUGUGGUGACGGAUGUGGCCUUUCUACCUGAGAAGGGUCGUGGACCAGCACUUCUUGGGUCCCAUGAAACCGCCUUGUUCUCUGUGGCUGCGGACAGUCGUUGCCAGCUGCACCUGCUGCCCUCACGGCGGAGCGUUCCUGUGUGGCUGCUGCUCUUACUAUGUGUCGGGCUUAUCUUUGUGACCAUCCUGCUGCUCCAGAGUGCCUUUCCGGGUUUUCUUUAGCCUUCCUGC